AUGACAGAACGCAGUCUGUUUGGUGGAGCCAUGGUGUGCCAUAUUGGCACUACUAACUUAGAUGAAUGGCGCGAUGUAUCGGAUGUUCGUCAAGUUCCGGAUCACCAAGAAUGCUGGCAAGAUAUCGAUCAACGUGUUUUGGUGAUUGAGAUUCUGGAGCAUCAGCGUGGAGUGGAAAAUGACAAAGCGGCAGAAUACUUUUUUACCGAUUUGGCAACCGCCAAUGGAUCAUCCAACAACACGUUUGUUUCUACUAGCAAUAGAAAUUUGCUGGUGACGGGUCUUCCUUCCACGGCCAGCAUUGCCAGUGGCAUUGGCGUACAAGCGAAUGUGGCAAUGGGGCGCGACACAGACGUGGCUGGAAACCCUCGACAACAAGAAAGUCAAUCCAUUCGAGUGGAACUGUGUGUCCUACGAUUGCCUUCCGUAGAGACGGAUCUAUUGAUUACUCUCUCCACACCAACACCCAACACAGCUACUGAAGAACAAAAUGAGUUUUCUCCCAUUUUUCAACAAAUUGUCAGCUCGUUUCAGAUCCGAGAUUGGACCUUGUUUGAAUAG